UAGGCACUAAGUGAAAUAUAUACGCAGGCCCUUAUGCCACUUAAUACCCUGGGGCCACCUUCAAGACACUGGGCCGUGGAUCAACCGCACCGCCACUCCUCUUCCAAGAAUCACUUUGACAGGUUCUUUUGGAGGUGCUUCUUCUCUCUCUCUUUUGUAAAAACCCAUUCUUUUCAACAAAAUGGCACCAAAGAAGGACGUGAAGAAACCUGCGGCUGCUGCUCCUGCCCCAGCCCCUGCCCCAGCACCUGCACCUGCCCCACCCAAAGAAGAAAAAAUUGACCUCUCUGCCAUUAAGAUCGAGUUCUCUCAGGAACAGCAGGAGGAUUUCAAGGAGGCGUUUCUCCUGUUUGACAGGACAGGUGAUAGCAAAAUCACCUUAAGCCAGGUUGGUGAUGUCCUCCGGGCUCUAGGCACAAAUCCCACCAAUGCAGAGGUCAAGAAGGUGCUGGGAAAUCCCACCAAUGAAGAGAUGAAUGUCAAGAAAAUUGAGUUUGAACAAUUUCUUCCCAUGAUGCAAGCUAUUUCUAACAACAAGGAGCAGGGCACUUAUGAAGACUUUGUUGAGGGUCUGCGUGUCUUUGACAAGGAAGGCAAUGGCACGGUCAUGGGUGCUGAACUCCGUCACGUUCUAGCCACACUGGGUGAAAAGAUGAGAGAGGAAGAAGUGGAAACGCUGUUGCAAGGUCAAGAAGACUCCAAUGGAUGCAUCAACUAUGAAGCUUUUGUCAAGCAUAUCAUGUCUAUCUAAAUGGAGCUCUCAAGAUCAAGCAUUGUUUAGGAAGACUGGCUGGAAACUUAUUUAUAACACCCAUGUCCAGAUCUGUUUACCAUCGUUCAGAAAAACAAAACAAUGUAGACCAUUCUAGACUGAGGACUUCCUGAAUUUUUUUAUACCUACAUUUCUCUCUGAAUUGCAUUCAUAUAACACAAACCAAGUGUCUCCCGCUCUAGACAAGGAUAAAAUACUGACAAUCUCAAACCCAAGCACCACUCUUUAUCUUCUACCAUGGGUCAAUUAACAUCCUUAAAUUAAAAGAGCAAUAAAUAAUUUUGGUCAGUCUGGAAUA